GUUUGUCAAAAGACAAAAAUACGAUUUGUUGUUGUCGAUUACAUAUCACAAAAGUUGUUAAUUCUGGUUGGAAAUAUUCAGUGAAUUGACUACAUUGAAGUAUGUCGGACGGCAAAUCGGAGCCUAGUUUAAGCCAAUAUUUUGCAAACGAUCCCCCGAGUUUCUUUGACCACUUAGCGGAGAAAGAAGGCAAAACCAAUUCAAAAAUUCAGGAUGUUUACUCAUCGUACGAUUUCCUGCAAACUGCUAUGGUAGAUGCCAAUUCCAACAUUCCAGACAGCGUACGGGAUCUGUGGGAGUUUCCAAUCGGGGCUGAAGUUUGUAACCCUCCUGCACUAACGAUGCCCGGUGUUAGCGUUGCAACUGACUUGAACGAUCCAGUGCGUGAGGCAGUCACCGAGUUCAUAAGCCCUAUUGAAGCAGACCAUCGAAAGAUACUGUCACCUGACGAUGUUACGCAGGACGAGCGUGGCUUACGGAAACUGAUUGAACACGGAUGCUUCCGAUCGGCUGUUAAUUUGACUGCGAGGCUGCUGACUAUCAAACAGCAAGGCUUUGGACGUGCCGGAUAUCCGGUUAAGCACUCGCCAAACUCACUGCAGCUGUGGUUCACACGAUUGGCUUUGCUGGUCAAGCUGGGUCAGUUCGAAAUUGCUCGCAUCGAAGCUGAACCGUUUGGAUCGUUGAACAAAGUCGAUGUGUUUUAUGAAUUUUACCAUCCAGAUAUGCAUUCUGAUAGAAAGGGGUCGAUGGCUCCGUUCUCAUUCAGGUUGCUGUUGGCGGAGCUUCCCAUAUACUUAGGAACGCCCAGAACCUCGUUGGAUCGCCUGACUGAGUUACUGGCAGUGGCGUGCCAAAUAAAGAACUAUUUCGCGAGAUUGCCCGAUAGCACUGCUAGUAAUGAUGCCAGAAAAUUUUGGUCUUCGCGUGAGAAACGCAUUCUACAUUCCAUUGUAAAUUGUUCCCUUCUGGUGAAGGAUUUUAGCCUAGCUGACCAACUCAUUAGACAACUCGUCGAUGACCCGGCGGCCACUGUGGACGAUAAACGCUCCCUCCUAUCGGCAUGGGGUCGCAUUCGUUUGCAGUGCGGGGAUAUCUAUGGAGCGGAGAAGAAAUUCUCCGAGGCAAAGCGUCUCAGGGAUGAUCAAACCACACCCGACCUUCGUGAGCUUGUAGACCGCGGUCUGCUGGCAGUGGCCCAGAAUGAUUUCCAGAGUGCACUCAGUUUGUUCCAGAAAGCGACGGCUUUGGAUGGAAACAAUACCAUGCUGUACAACAAUAUGGGCGUUUGCUUGUUGUAUUCCGGGAAGCUGAAGGAAGCGAUAAAACUUUUCGAGGAAGCUGUCCAGAAGAAUCCGAAGCUGGCCCUGAACGAGUCACUGCUCGUCAAUCUAUCCACUUUGUACGAGCUGGAAUCGAACAACUUCAAGAGUAAGAAGAUAGCGUUGCUAAAGUUGAUUAACGAGCAUCGGGCUGAUCUUAGCGUGGGACUGGAUGUUUGUUUAAAGCUUCAAUCAAAUACUUAAUGACAUUAUUUUUUCAUUUUAAGACUUGAAAGACAGUAUAUUUAGUAUAGGACGUAUCUUUAUGAUAUAAUUAGCUGCAAUAUAUAAAUUUAUUC